AUGGAGAACUACCCGCAGUCCUUCAGCAUCAACAUGCAGCCCUACGGCAGGAAUGGGGGGGCCACCACCGCCAACCCCAUGGCCACCUCUUUCGGCCAGGCCACCUCUUUCGGCCAGAUGGAGCCCACACCUGUUUCUACCCCGCCACCCAAGGACUUUGUGCUCUGGUCUUUCUUCAACGCCAUAUACUGCAACCCGUUCUGCCUGGGCUUCCUCGCUCUUGUCUUCUCCAUCAAGGCCCGAGAUAGGACAGUGGCAAAGGACCCCAUGGCCGCCAGCAGCUACGGGAGGACAGCCAGGAGCCUCAACAUCGCGGCAUGCUGCCUGGGUAUCGUGGGCACCAUCAUCCUUCUGGUCCUGGUGAUACUCUACAGACCAGUACGCCCCUGA